AUGGGUGGUGGAGACUUGAACAUGAAGAAGAGCUGGCACCCCCUGCUCCUGAAGAAUCAGGAGCGGGUGUGGUUAGAGGAGCAGAAAGCGCGCGAAGAGAAGAAGAAACUUGACCAACUGCGCAAGGAGAAGGAAGAAGAAAGACAGUUACAAGAACUUCAGCGGCUUCAGGAAGAACAAACGGGAAAGAAACGGCAGGAGAAACUAGAAUGGAUGUAUACAACACCAGCAAUGGGGAAUAGUCAGAAUCCAAACGACCUGGAGGACUACCUACUCGGAAAGAAGAGGAUUGACCAGGUUAUGACGGCUGAUGAAAAUGCCAAGCUCGGUUCAGCCCACAAGAACUUCAUUGCUGUUCAAAAUGCCAACUCUGUCCGCGACAUCGCCUCCAAGAUCCGAGAGGACCCAUUGUUGGCAAUCAAGCAACAAGAACAAGCCUCGUAUCAAGCCUUGCUCUCUAAUCCUCUUCGUCUCGCCCAGAUGCAGAAGCAACUUGGAAUUAAGCCGAAGAAGGACAAAGAGCAGCGACGGAAGGAAAAAGAGGAGAGGAGGAGGGAGAAGGAGGAGCGUAAGCGCAGGAAGCAUGAACGGAAACAUGGAAAGGACAGGAGCAGGAGCAGGAGCUUGGACAGAGACUCUCGUUCUGCCAGCCCUCCCAGGCGGGACACCAGAGACCGUUCGUACGAUCGUGAAGAACGUCAUAGGUUACCUCGACGCCACAGCCCGCAAUACCGCUCCUCUUCCCGUUCGCCUUCACCCGAACCACGUCGUAGGCACGAUGACGAGGGCCAAUACUCGAGACUGAGGAGGUAUAGUCCGGAGGGUUAUCGUGGUCGCAGUGGAAGUGCAACUCCUCGACGUGAUGAUGACUCGGACGAGCGUGAUCGUGAACCCUACUUCCGUCGCAACGGCUACUCUGAAGGUCGUAACGAAGACCGCCGGUAUGGUGGAAAGCGUUCGCGCAGCCCAAGCCCUCGUCGGCGGAGCCCUCCGCCCAAACGCUCUCGUCCCGAACAUUCACCACUACCCCCUCCUCGCGGGCCUCCUCCCCCUGCACCAAGAAACUACUCCAACCCGAAUGGUAGCAGCGCCCGCACCAGAGAACAAAUGGAAGCCGACCGCGCCGCCCGCCUCGCAGCGAUGUCCACCAACGCCGGUGCCAUGUCCGAGGAGCGGCAACAGCGGCUCGCGGCCCUGCUCGAGAAGGAGAAGGCUGAGCUCGAGGCGGACGAAAGGGCACGCGCCAAGUCGAAGGGUAUGUCUGGAUUCCUCAGCCAGGAGCAGAAGCGGGUGUUUGGGGGCAGUGGUGGGUUGGAGGAUAGGAUUCGGCGCGGGAGGGGCGGGAUGGUUGUUGAUGCAGACUGA